AUGAAGUUAUUUGAAAGCUCGCAUGACUUCCAUUAUCCCUGGGACCAGGUGACGGCCGCAAAUUGGCAGAAGUACCCCAACGAACUCUCGUCGCACGUGGUAUCGGUCGAUAUCUUAAACCGAUACAUCGAUCCCGCCACAAACGUAUUACGAACAGAACGUUUGAUUGGAUGUAAACAGCCCAUUCCCAAGUGGCUCUCGAUGUUGGUGGGAGGACAAGAGUAUUCGUACGUGAGAGAAAUCAGCGAAAUCGACUUGAGCACCAAGACUCUUGUGAUGAAAAGCACAAACUUGACAAUGAACCAUUUAUUACAGGUUAACGAAACCGUCACGUAUCGACCUGACCAUGAGCUCCCCAAUAGCCGGACCCACUUCACACAAAAGGCCGAGAUCACGGCCUUCGCCAGCUUCUCGCGUGUGUGUGAUAAGAUUGAAGAAUGGUCUGUUGAGAGAUUUGGCCAAAAUGCUAACACUGGAAAACAGGCAUUUGAGAGCGUGUUGAAGACCUUGACCGCCAAAUGGGAGGAGUCGGGUGUUUUUGUGGUGGAUAUCGGAACCUCCUUGUUGAACGACUUGAAUCAUGUUACCGAUAAGACAUCGACGGUGUUGGCGGAAGUAUCGAAAUUGGGAAAUGUUUUUAAGGACAAAGAAUAG